CACGGGGACAUACACUCUCUCAUGUCUAUGUUACUAGACGAUACCCCCAGCCUAGCCGGCGAGCACUGACGAUGCAUGCGGCGACAGCAGAUGAUGCACCGGCGACAUCGGGCGAAGCGGCGAAUACACCGGAACAUGUUCCUACCACUUCAGCCCCACCCGACCCGGAUUCAACCUCUGUAAUCUCCUCCGCUCCUGCGACGGAUGAUUUGGAGCCUGUUGAGGCUCAGGCAACGUCCUUGAAGGCUGAUGGGAAUGAUGCGGCAUCCAUACGGCCCGUCACACCGGACGCGACUACCUCGGCGCAAACGCAGCUUGCAGCGGGCGGCAGCAAUGAUACCGCAGACAAUCCUGAGAGCGAGGAGCCCGCGCAGAAAGCUUCGCAGGGGGAGGUGAUGCAAGGAGUAGAGGCUACAGACCAAGCACCCACCUCGACGCCGGCGAAAACAGAACCUCUGUCAGAGAAGACGCCAGCGCAAGCAGAUGCAGCACAACCGCUCAAGCCCGAAGAUACGAUCCAGGUCACGCCGGCUUCUACGGGACGCGGCAGAGGGGGUGGUCGGCCGAGAGGACGAGGACGUGGAGGCGGAAGAGGCAGUAAGCGGAAAAGAGAGCGGGACGAUGAUGAGCUCACGGAAGACAGCGAGGUGUAUACUCCCGUAGUUACGACUACGAAAUCCGGGCGCUCAGUGCAGAAGCCGGCGGCAUUCGUGCCGCCACCAGCGUCGCCUACUGCAUCCAACAAGCGGAAGCGCUCGUAUCGAAAGAAUCCAGAGUCGGCUGUCUGCAAGGUUUGCCUGAGGGGAACAAGUCCGAUCACGAAUAUGAUUGUGUUUUGCGAUGGUUGCAAUACGCCAUACCACCAGUAUUGCCAUUUUCCGCCAAUUGAACAGGCUGUGGUCAACGAGCUUGACAAGGAAUGGUAUUGCAAGCAGUGUGAGAAGGAAAGAGUGCUCCCCGUACCCGAGUCUCAAGUGGCCAACUUCAUCAGUGGGGAGGGAGCAUCACUGGAGCAGCGACAGCGAUAUUUUGCCAGCCUAUCACCUGGAAUGCUGGUCACGUUGUUAAUCAGGGCAACAACAUUGAAGCCCGAUCUCCCGCUCUUCCCUCCCGAUUUCCAGGCUCGCACAGGCUCAAUUGGGCAGAUCGCACAACAUCAAGGCCCGUCAAUUGGCGCAAAUGGCCACACACAUCCCGGAGCAGCAUCCCACCCCGCCCAAAUUUCCCACUCCAUGCCAACACCAACAGCGUACCCUCAGCAAAGCCACUACGCCAUGCCCCAACAUUACCAACCCGCAACGGCCGGCGCCACACACAUGCAGCCCCAGCAGCAGCACUACAUGCAACACUAUCCGCAACACCACUACGGCCCUGAAGUCCACCCUCCUAAUUACCCCCGGCCUGGCCAUGGACUUAUGAGAACGCUUCCUGCCGCGCAUGAAGAUAUGCAGUGGCUGGUCGACGAUGGCGAUAGGUAUGGUGUGUUCAGCCAUAUGUAUCAGGUCAAUCCGCAGGGCAAUGGGCCGAUGAGAGGGCCGGCUCAAUGAUAUCUUUCAACGCGGGGAUGAUGAGGGUUGGUGAUUAUGGUGUUAUUUGUUACAUUAUGGAGGCAUUUAUGAGCUCAUCUUGAUGUGUGUAUCAGUUGCUGAUGCUAUGUUAUGAGGCAUGGAUCUGACAGAGCGCUGCUUGGAGCGUUGUGCAUGGGGAGAAGUCAGUGAUGGAGCUGUGUCUGGGGGUGAAUGGGAAAAUGUGUCGUCACGAGUGUCAGUAUGCACGAUCUCUUCUCUUACAUUCACCAAUUCAGCUGUGACUUACUACCAUUCACAUACUAGUCGUCACA